AUGGGUAGCGUGACCGAGCGCGUGGACUCGCUGAUCGCCGCGGGGGACCUGGACUCCGUCGCGGGCGUCUGCGACGAGUUCGAGAUCGUCGCCGGCGGCGCCGGCAACGUCCCGGAAUGGCCCCACGCGACGCACGUGCUGUCGCGGAUGCUCGCGGGCGAUCUGGAGCGCGCGCGAUGCGUGCUGGAGCGCGCGCCCGAGCACCUGCGCGAGCGCGAUCCCGAGCUCCGCGCGGUCCACGCCGUGCUCGCGGCCAUGCUCGACCGCGACCAACCCGCGGUGCACGCGGCCGCGGCCGCGCACGCGUGGUCGCCGCGGUGCGCGCCCCUCGCGGCGUCGUUGAUCGAGAGGUACAGGGCGGCGACGCUGGAUCUGCUGUCGCGCGCGUACACCACCGCGUCGUGCGCGCACGUCGCCGCGUGCCUCGGCGUGAGCGUCGAGGAGGCCGCCGCGCAGGGCGUCGGGAUGGGGUGGAGCCUGGGCGAGGACGGCAUGUUCGGGGUGGUGCGGCGGAAGGUGGACGACGAGGCCGAGGCGCUCGGCAUGGACGCCGUGGAGAAACUCUCGGCGCUGAUGGUGCACGUCACCGACAUCGCCGGGCCGGACGAGGACGAGGAGUGA